AUGGUCGUCUUUGUUGAUCUCGACGAGGACAUGGAGCCCCUUCACGUUCUCGAGGCACGCCGCCUCGCAGCUGCCGCCGCCGUUGCGACUGAUGCACUGGGAUCAAGCAGUCGCGAGCUCGAACAUACGCUCGAGAAGCCCGCAAUUGCCUCAGUGCCGUUGGUGACACCAACUCCCGUAUCGGAGCCAACACCGACAUUUCAAUGCGCUGCUACCGAGGCUUUUGGCUGCUACCCCAUCGUCAUGUCAAUAGCUGAACACAUCGAUCUCAACACCCUCGACAGUCUCGCCCGCACCUCACGCCAGGUCCGUCAGGGCCUGCUGCAAUACCGCUCCAUACUCAUCUCUUCGACGUUGCACUGCUCCAACGAGGCCGCCCCCGUCGACCCAGAGUCCACUUUCCGCUUUCGUGCGAGGGCCGGCAACUGGUACUACAUGGAAGAUGGUCGGAACUACAACGGCAAGAGCGGCAGCUGUGCCCGAGACCUGGUGACGGAGUGCCGGAGGUGCAGGACCGUCGUGUGCAGGAACUGCGCCAUCAAACCGCCAGCCCACAAUGCUCUUCGCGAGCGUCACCGUAGGCUGUGCAAGGCAUGCACAAAGGCCCCCAUCGCAACUCUCGUUAACCAAGCCCUGGAGCCAGAGACGCCUCUGCUCGACGACGCGGUGCGACGAGAGAUUUGCCGAUGCGACGUUGACGGCGUUUGGCUGUGCCAGCCCUGUGGGCGGAGCAUGCGCGGGGCUGACCACGACUACCAGCGCAUCUGGAAGUGGCGGGCUCACUACGGAGAAGUCCUCGGUGGCCUGGGAACCGGCAUCGGCGAGGGCGAUCGCGGCGUCAUUUGUGGCCGUGAGACCGCCUGCGCCGACGCCAAGGAGCGUGAGAACGAGACCGACUGUGAUGCCGAGGACGCGGCCGUCACCGGCGCGAACUUGUGGACGGCCACAGACCAGGUGCACCUCGACACCGUGCGAUAUGAACGCACGCCGAGUCCCCAGCUCGGUCCUGGGUACGAGAGGCACGAGAUUGAGGGCAUCGGAGGGGUUGUGAAGACCAAAUUAGUCCGCAUGGUGAGAGUUGGCGCCUGCGUGCCCGAGUGGGAUGAUGAGAAGAACCACCACAAUAUCCUCGGAAGAGAGGUGAAGGGGAUCAGGCGGAGCUGGUGCGGCUGGUGCUACAGAGUGAUUCCCGGCGAGGCUGAUUUGGACAAGGCGGGCGUUAAGAUGCGCCAGCUUUGA